AUGAAGUUCACGUCAACUCUCGUCAUCCUCGCUAGCGCUGGCGCUGUCGCAGCCUCGAUUCCCAACGCAGGCGUGCCCCUUAUUGAACGCGACGAGAUUGUUGGAAAGAUAGGGCUGGGGGCAACUAAGACGAACCCUCGGGAGAGGAGAGCUGAUGGAAGUUUCAAUUUGGUUGCUCGACAGACACACACCAAGGGAGAUAGGAUGGACCUUGGUGAUACUUCAAAUAUCUCGGACGAGAAGCGUGCUGAAGAAGCUGUCCAAGAGAAGCGUGACGAAACACCGACCAAGACGAACCCUCGGGUGAAGAGAGCAGAUGGCACGUGGAAUCUCGUUCCAAGGGAAACCAUCACCGGGAAGGCCAAGAUGUAG